CAUAAUCGUUCCAGCGCAUGUUUUUGAACAACCAGAGAGUGAACCACGUUACCAAAUUGUACAUUGGGGAAAAUGCACAAAAUAGAGUUGUUAAGAUUGAUUUUCAAUCCUCGAUUUACAGCGUCUCCUGGGCUAUUCAGAGUCGUUGAAAAAACCAUAACAGACUAUCAAGGAAAAGAGUCCAUAUCUAACGAAGAGAAUGGACGUCUUCAGAAGCUGCUUGAUAUCCUCCUUAAACCUGAGAUAAAGUUACAAAGAACAGACCUUCAACAGCUCAGAUGCUCCAAAGAGAUUUCCAGAGAAAAAAAGCAAUGUGACCACGAGGGGAGUCCUAGUUGGAAGCAUGAAACCAAGGCCACACAGAUUAAAGAAGAACAAGAGGAUUUUACCAUCAACCUGGGGAAAAAAGAACAUCAUGAGGCAAAGUAUUGCCCACAAUACCCUGUAUUCACUCCUCCCUGUGUGAAACGGGAAUUCAGUCAUUACCCAACUCAGUCCUCCCAUCUUAACAAAAGCUGUAGUGGAGAAUGCAAAGAUAAUGACUCAUUCACUGAACCAUUAAAAACAGAAACACAAGAAGACUGUUCAGAAAUAACCAGUGACUGUCAGACCCUCUCUGCAGUAAAUGCUGGCUGUUCUGCAGCUCAGAGGGAAAAAAGACAAUGUUCUCCUGGUCCUUGUUGCAAGGUGUGUGGAAGGCCUUGUCACUCCCUUGGGGCUUUAUUAAGACAUUGUCGAAAACAUAGAAAAGAUGAGGAUCACAUUUGUGGUGUGUGUGGACAGAGUUGUGAAUCCCUAAAUGGUGUCAUGGAUCACAUAUUACAAACUCACAGGACUCGAUUUUGUGAAGUUUGUGGCAAAAGUUUUGAUGCUGCUGUGCAUCUGAAAAAGCAUAUGAGGACCCACACAGGCGAGAAACCAUUUGCCUGUGACAACUGUGGCAGAUGUUUUAGUAGUUCCGAACAGCUGAAUUCACAUACAAAGGCAGUCCACACAGGUGAGAAACCACAUCAAUGUCAUGAAUGUGGCAAAUGUUUUACCCAGACUGGAAAUCUGAAUGCACAUAUGAGGAUCCACACUGGAGAGAAACCAUAUCAUUGUGUGGAUUGUGGAAAAACAUUCCGCCUUGGCCAUUCUAUGAAACUGCAUAUGAUGACUCAUACAUUGGAGAAGCCAUAUCGCUGCCAGGAAUGUGGCAAUUCUUUCCGUAGAAGUGGACACUUGAAAAACCACAUGACAAUUCACACAGGGGAGAAAUCACAUGGUUGUUCUGAGUGUGGCAAACGUUUCCCCCAGAGUGCUAAUCUACAAGUGCAUAUGAAGAUGCACACAGGGGAGAAACCUCAUCAAUGUCAAAUAUGUAACAAAUGUUUCAGCUUCCGCAAUAAUUUAAGCGUGCAUAUGAGAAUUCAUACCAAUGACAAACCUUUUUGCUGCCAGGAUUGUGGCCAAAGUUUCAGUCAGAGUUCCAAUUUGAAUAGGCACAUGAGGAGACACAGAGGGGAGAAACCACAUUACUGCAAUGAAUGUGGUAAGCUAUUCUCCACAGGCUUUCAAUUGAAGGAGCACCUGAAGGUCCACACAGGGGAGAAAUCACACACAUGUCCUACAUGUUCAAAAUGCUUUGGAAGCAGAGGAGCAUUAAACAGUCAUCAGAGACUACACACUCAGAAGAAGCCAUAUUGCUAUGAUUGUCUGAAGUGCUUCAGAUCAGAGCAACGCCUGAGUGAACACAUGGAGAUAAUGCACAAAAUGACUGUAUCCAGUGUGAGGGAAGGGGAUUGAUAGGCACAUUGUGAUGGUAAUUCCAUCGAUAGGAACUCUUAAAGGAGUAAGUACAGAGACAAAAUUCUCUUGGCACAAUUAACAAUUUAUUUGCAAAUAGAGAAACACGUCAAAAGCUUUUCAGAAUAAUCCUCUGAGGAAAAUACAUGACCAGUCCGUAUUUAUUACAGUUAAAAGGGGUGUGGUAAGAUGCU